AUGGCACCCGUACGUCGCUAUUUGCGAAUCACAAAAUAUUCGGUUCUAGAAUGUCGCAUAUAUCUAGAUAACCCCUCACUCGCGCAGUCCUGGCUUCUAAACCCUCGCGAUCCCGUUCUGCCUCGCAUCAUUGAGAGCAUUCGACCACUUGUGCUCCCAAAGCUGCGUGAAGAAAAGGAGCGAAGCAAGAAAAAGAGUUCCAAAAAGAAGGGCAUCAAAGAUGUCAUCGUGCAAGAUGACUUCGAAGUGUCCAUGUUCCUGACCGAAACAUCAACUCGUCACUCUCUUCUCACCAAGAAGAAGCAUUUCCACGAAAAAGGCCCACAGAUGAUGCAGUCUAACUCUACGAAGCUUAUCGGCGAAACUAACGAGGUUGCUGUUGAUGUGGAUGACGAUGGCGAGAUACCGAUCCUGCGAGAGGAAAAUAGCGAUGACGAUGCCGUGCAACUAUCUGCCAUCCCGCUCGCUAGUGCGCAAUCUCGACCCAAGAGACAUAGGAGCAAUGGAAAUUCAAACACAAAUCAGCAAGACACCGAUGAUGAAGAGGAGGACGCAGCAGAAGGUGCCAUUGAAAUCGAUUCCGACGCGGAUGAGCCGGUUUCGAAGCGAGCUCGACUUCCGGGAGCUUUGGGGGAUGAUUAUUUCGACGAUCCAGAAGACAAGAAGAAGCUAGCCAUGGACGUAUCAUACGAAGGAUUCGCCAUAUACGGUCGCGUGCUCUGCCUCGUCGUUAGAAAAAAGCAGAACAAAACACAGCGGCCACGAGCACAUGGCACCACUAAACCUGAAGGGCAGGCCAACAUGGAGAAUUGGAUCACGUCGACACAAGUCCCGGUCGGCGAAGAUAUCCCUUGA